CCCUACUACCCAUUGGUUGUGGUGGCGGCUCCACUUCUCCACCACCACCAUCACAGCCCACCCCCUAUCUCUCUCUCCCCCUUUAUCUUCUCACAUGGCCAACCCCAAAACCCGGAAAUAACCAAACCCUUUCUUAAUUAACGUUCUCUCUAUCUCUCUCUAUCUCUCAUGAAUGGUUGGAACCAAAGAGUCCACUCCUUUCGGAUGCCCAUCUCCCAAGCAAAGCUCCCACAAUUUUUGCUUCUCCCCAACGCCUCUCCACCACCACCACCACCACCACCAUGUAUCUAUUAUCAUCUAUGAUGCUCUACUCCCUUUCACUACCUCCUGUACUAGUAGAUCUCCAGUAAAACUGAAAAAAUGGCGAGGUGUUGAGAGAGGGGAUCGAGUACGUGCGUACGCUACUUAAUUAAUAUAUAACUAACAGCUAGAAGAAGAAAAAGGAGGAGGGGAAGAAAUGAGCGGUGGUACCUGGGCGAAGAAGAUUUUUUGGGUGCUGCUGGGGGCGAUUUUCUUGUUUUGGCGGGCGGCAUCGGCGGAGCCGUGGGAGGACAAGGCGGCGCUGCUCGGCUUCCUGGCCGGCGUCCCGCACAGCCGGCGCGGGCUCAACUGGGGCGCGGGCGCGCCCGUAUGCGGUGGUGGGGGGUGGACGGGGGUCACGUGCGCGGCCGACGGGUCGCGCGUGGUGGCCCUCCGCCUCCCCGGGAUCGGAUUCAACGGCCCGAUCCCGCCCAACACGCUCGGGCGCCUCUCCGCCCUCCAGAUCCUCAGCCUCCGAUCGAACGGCCUCUCCGGGCCCUUCCCCGCCGACCUCGCCCGCCUCGGCUCCCUCGUCGAGCUCCACCUGCAGGUCAACUCCUUCUCCGGGCCCCUCCCCUCCUUCGACCUCGCCACCUGGCGUAACCUCACCGUCCUCGACCUCUCCUUCAACUCCUUCUCCGGCCCCGUCCCCGGCUCCCUCUCCAACCUCACCAGCCUCGCCGCGCUCAACCUCUCCAACAACUCCUUCUCCGGCGCCGUCCCCGAUCUCCACCUGCCCCAUCUCCAGUUCCUCAACCUCUCCGACAACCAUCUCAACGGGACCAUCCCCCAGUCGCUGCGGAGGUUCGCGGCCUCCGGCUCCUUCGCCGGGAACGACGGUCUCGCCGCUCCUCCCUCCCCCGCCCCCGCCCCCGCCCCCGCGUCGCCGUCGCCGUCGCCCGCGCCCGCGCCGCUCCCGAGCUCGCGAGCGAAGCGGAACCUCGGGGAGUCGGCGAUCCUCGGGAUCGUCGUCGGCGGGUGCGCGGCGGCGUUCGCGCUGCUGGCGCUGCUGAUCCUGCUGUGCUGCGGGAAGGGGAAGGGGAAGGGGAAGGGCGACGAGGAGGGGGCGGCCGCGGCGAAGGCGAAGGGGGGAACGAAGAAGAAGGGGGCGGCGGCGGCGCGGAGGGGUUCGCCGGAGAAGACGGUGUCCGGGAGCCAGGACGAGAAGAACCGGCUGGUGUUCUUCGACGGGUGCAACUUCGUGUUCGAUCUGGAGGACCUGCUGAGGGCGUCGGCGGAGGUGCUGGGGAAGGGGACGUUCGGGACGGCGUACAAGGCGGUGCUGGAGGACGCGGCCACCGUCGUGGUUAAAAGGCUGAAAGAGGUCGGGGUCGGCAGGAAGGAGUUCGAGCAGCAGAUGGAGAUGGUCGGCACAAUCAAACACGAGAAUGUCGCCGAACUGAGGGCCUACUACUACUCCAAGGACGAGAAGCUCAUAGUGUCGGAUUUCUAUAGCCAGGGGAGCGUUUCUUGCUUGCUGCAUGCUAAAAGGGGAGAGGAUAGGACUCCUCUCGACUGGGAGACCCGGCUAAAGAUUGCGGUUGGGGCUGCACGUGGGAUCACGCGCAUCCAUGCAGAGAACAAUGGAAAAUUCAUCCACGGAAACGUCAAAUCCUCCAACGUCUUCGUCAAUGCUAACCGAUACGGGCUCAUCUCGGACACAGGCUUAGCCUCCUUGAUGAACCCGAUGGUCGUGUCGCGGGCAGCAGGGUACCGCGCCCCAGAAGUGGUCGACACGCGAAAAGCGUCCCAGGCUUCAGAUGUGUAUAGUUUCGGCGUUCUCCUCCUCGAGCUCCUCACGGGAAAGUCACCAAUUCAGGUGAUAGGCGGGGGGAGGGGUGGCGACGAGGUGGUGCACCUGGUGCGGUGGGUGCAGUCGGUGGUGCGGGAGGAGUGGACGGCGGAGGUAUUCGACCUCGAGCUCAUGCGGUACCCGAACAUAGAGGAGGAGAUGGUCGAGAUGCUUCAGAUCGCGAUGACUUGUGUCGUGAGGAUGCCGGAGCAGCGGCCGAAGAUGGCUGAGGUGGUGAGGAUGAUCGAAGACGUCAGAAGGUUCGACAGCGGUAAUCGGCCGUCCGUGGAAGCCGGAUCGGAGAGCUCGACGCCGGUUUAAGUGUAUGACUUGUUUGUGGCUUUCUUUAUGUGUAUUAUUAUUUUGAUCCCUUGCUCAGUGGUCAUUGUAUUUGUAUAUUGUAGCAUUUCUACUGUGUUUACAUUCUUUGGCUUUAGUUAUGGUGUUUAUUUUAGGUGAAAUACUGUUUCUUGGAUUGUUACAUUUAAUGAUCAGAUAGGCUAAAUGGGCUAUAAAUUUGCCUCAAA